AUGUCUGGAGCUGGGUAUGAUGUAGUAGUUGAUGUUGAUGAAGAGGGUGAUCUUGGACACACUGAUUUACAAGAGGAUCUCGAAUUCCAUUCCUCGAACUUCAACACCGACCAAUCUGCAGGCGGGCGAAAGCUCCCGGGUGCAUCUUCUGGCCUUCCUGCUCCAGUUACAGCUAGCAGUGGCUCCUCGAAACGCUUUCUCUGGUCUCUAUCCUUCUACGCGCAAUUCUUCGACGUCGAUACCACCUCCGUGUUAUCGAGAUGCUGGGCCGCGUUAUACCCCCGCGCAAACUUCCUCGAUGUUUUGGAGGGGAACGCUGAUCUUUAUGGGCCGAUCUGGAUUGCGACGACGGUUAUCUUCAUCUUGUUCUUGGGUGGCACAAUCAAUAAGUACUUGGCGAUGACGGGAACCGCGCACUUUGUGUAUGACUUCAAAUUGCUCAGUGGUGCUGCUGGUCUCAUCUACGGCUAUACGCUGGUCAUACCCGUCGCCCUUUUCCUCGCCCUGAAGUACUUUGGCAGCGAAUCAGCUAAUCUCCUUGAAUGCUGGGCUUUAUACGGCUACUCGAACAUUGUCUGGAUUCCAGUGGCUCUCAUCUCAUGGUCGACUAUUUCAAUCCUCAACUACGUGUUUGUGGCCGUGGGGUUUGGACUCAGCGUAGCGUUCCUGCUGAGGAAUAUGUAUCCAGUCUUGAGUGCUACGGACAAGCAGACUAGCAAAGUGUUAUUGAUAUUGGUCGUUGUUCUCCAUGCUGCACUGGCUAUCGCGAUUGAGUUUCUCUUCUUUGCGAAUGGGAGUCCGGCCAACAAGGAUACCCCAAAGGAAGAUACUCCAGAAACGAAGCUUUUGAGAAUGUUGUUCUAA